AUGGGGGUGAGAGCGGAGGUUGGGGAGAAGGGAGGAAGUGUACCCACCCACCACCUUGCUCUCCUCGCCCCCCUCCCCGCGACGCCCAUGGCCUUGAGGGGGUCCACGCCCCCCGCCGCGCAGCUGGCCAGCCCCGGGAACCUUAGGGGAGGGAGGGGAGGUUGUGCCCCAGCAGGCCCCUCUUCAGGUCCAGCGGGUUCUGGCUCAAAGGGUUCUCAAUGCAACACUGCUGAUUUGAAGAUACUGACAAGAACUGACUGUCACCUUGCUAUGUCCAACAGGAGUCCUUCCGCCUUGCAUCUUCCUCCGAGCAGCUGCCACCCACACCUCCCGGCCGUCUGCUGCAGUGAUGUGGUACACUGGCAUUCUGUGGCCCCACCAGAGUUGCUGGGAGACACACCAGUCUGUGAUGUUGUCCAGCCAGCUAUGCCAUGCCCUCCUGUGCAGCUGUGGCACCAGGUUCAGACGGCCGCUCUGCACAGCCUCAGACGCCUCCUGUGCCAACUCCUUGCACCAAACGAACCUGUGUAGACAUGAAAGUAAGCAAGCAAGAGAGAGAGAGAGAGAGAGAGAGAGAGAGAGAGAGAGAGAGAGAGAGAGAGAGAGAGAGAGAGAGAGAGAGAGAGAGAGAGAGAGAGAGAGAGAGA